AUGGUGCUGCGCCUACAACGCAUUUCGGCGCGGACGUUGAGCACGUCGACGUCGCAUGCCCCCAAGAUCAUGUCUGGCCGAGUGGAGCGGUCCUUCAUUGAGAUUCCACGCGCCCCUGAUGCCUACCGCCCUGCCACCGAGAGGAUUCAAGAUUGGCAUGAAAUCAACACAACCUACCGCGCCCCCGCCGAGCGCAAGGCGCAAGCGGGAAGAUGCAUGGAUUGCGGGACGCCGUUCUGCCAGAGUCGCCAUUUGUCGGGAUGCCCCGUCGCGAAUUUGAUUCCAGAAUGGAAUGCGCUGGUGUACCGUGACGAGUGGCGCGAAGCACAUCUACGUUUGAGCGCCACCAACAACUUCCCUGAAUUCACGGGGCGCGUGUGUCCUGCUCCAUGUGAAGGUGCCUGUGUGGCAGGACUUGUGGAAGAACCUGUGACGAUCAAGAACAUUGAAUAUGCAAUCGUCGACCGGGCUUGGGAGGAAGGAUGGAUCACCCCACGACUUCCUCCUAUGCGAACGGGGUUGAAUGUUGCCGUCGUGGGGUCGGGUCCUGCGGGGCUGGCGGCGGCCGAUGAGCUCAACCAAAUGGGGCACUCCGUGGCCGUGUUUGAGAGGGAAGAUCGCAUUGGAGGCCUCUUGAUGUACGGCAUUCCAAACAUGAAGCUGGACAAGUCCACCGUGAACCGACGCAUCCAGCUCCUGCAUGACGAAGGCAUUACAUUCCGAACAAAUGCAGACGUAGGUUCAAAUGUUCGCGAAUCUCUUGCCGACAUGGAUGCGAUUGUGCUGUGCACGGGAGCGUCGAUUCCUCGCCACGCCGACGUUCCUGGAAAAGAUCUCGCGGGGGUGCAUUUUGCCAUGGAAUUUCUCACGAGCAACCAAAAGCGCCUGCUUGCGAGCAAAGAGGGAUCCCUCAAGAGUCGGUGGAACAAGGAUUGGAUCAAUGCCGAAGGCAAGGAUGUUGUGGUUAUUGGCGGCGGCGACACCGGCACGGACUGCAUCGCGACAGCACUGCGUCAUCGAUGCCGCUCUAUCGUGAACCUUGAGCACAACACGGCGCCACCACUAACGCGCAGCCCCGCAAAUCCGUGGCCUCAAUACCCCAAGAUCCAUGGGGUAGAUUACGGCCACGCUGAAGUCCUCGCCGUGUUUGGCGAAGACCCAAGACAAUAUGAGCGAUCUACUGUGCGCUUUGAAGGCGACGAAUUGGGACAUCUCACGCAUGUGGUCACGGCGUGGUCGAGGACUCUAGAAGAUGGAAGCAAGGAGGCGAUUCCAGGAACGGAGAAAAAAUACCCAUGUGACUUGGCCAUCCUCGCUAUGGGGUUCCUGCAUCCAGACCAAGCAUUGCCGCAAACACUGCAAUUGCAAAUAGACUCUCGCAAGAACAUUUGGACCGAAAACUACGUCACAUCCAUGCCUGGGGUCUUUGCGGCAGGGGAUUGUCGCCGUGGUCAAUCACUGGUUGUAUGGGCUAUUCACGAAGGCCGUGACGUGGCACAAAAGGUGCAGCAGUACUUUGUAAGCGAAGGCCUUGCAGACGAAUCGGUUCGCAAGUAGCAAAUUAAUGCAAGAAAUUCAUCUAUCGGAAUAA